GUUGUUCCUGCUCCUAAUGCCAUUCCUACUCCUAAUGCCAUUCAUGCUCCUAAUGCUAAUCCUUCUCCUAAUGCUAAUCCUGCUCCUAAUGCUAUUCCUGCUCCUAAUGCUAUUCCUACUCCUAAUGCUAAUCCUGCUCCUAAUGCUAAUCCUUCUCCUAAUGCUAAUCCUGCUCCUAAUGCUAUUCCUGCUCCUAAUGCUAUUCCUACUCCUAAUGCUAUUCCUGCUCCUAAUGCUAAUCCUGCUCCUAAUGCUAUUCCUGCUCCUAAUGCUAAUCCUGCUCCUAAUGCUAAUCCUUCUCCUAAUGCUAAUCCUGCUCCUAAUGCUAUUCCUGCUCCUAAUGCUAUUCCUACUCCUAAUGCUAUUCCUGCUCCUAAUGCUAAUCCUGCUCCUAAUGCUAUUCCUGCUCCUAAUGCUAAUCCUGCUCCUAAGGCUAAUCCUGCUCCUAAUGCUAUUUCUACUCCUAAUGCUAUUUCUGCUCCUAAUGCUAUUCCUGCUCCUAACGAUAUUCCUAAUCCUAAUGCUAUUCCUGCUCCUAAUGCUAAUCCUGCUUCUAAUGCUAUUCCUGCUCCUAUUGCUAAUCCUGCUCCUAAUGCUAUUCCUGCUCCUAAUGCUAUUCCUGCUCCUUAUGCUAUUCCUGCUCCUAAUGCUAUUUCCUGA